GCCAAUGAGCGGCGCGCGGCGCAGUGACGCUCGGGGCGGCGUCACGGUGACGCCGCGCGAAAGGGCACCGAUCUCCGGGCGGGGAGGACAUUCGGCCUCUGUGCGCCGCAGCCUGGCCGAGCGAGCGGUUGAGUGUUCGCCAUCUUAGGAGCAUGUUCUCGUCCGUGGCACAUCUGGCCCGGGCGAACCCCUUCAACGCGCCGCACCUGCAGCUGGUGCACGAUGGCCCCUCGGGCCCCCGCAGCCCCCCGGGCCCGCCCCGGCGUUCCCGCCACCUGGCUGCCGCCGCCGUGGAAGAGCAGUAUAGCUGUGAAUAUGGAUCUGGCAGAUUCUUUAUCCUCUGUGGAGUUGGAGGAAUUAUUAGCUGUGGCACAACACAUACAGCAUUGGUUCCUCUAGAUCUGGUUAAAUGCAGAAUGCAGGUGGACCCUCAGAAGUACAAGGGCAUAUUUAAUGGGUUCUCCGUUACACUGAAAGAGGAUGGUGUUCGUGGUCUGGCUAAAGGAUGGGCCCCAACUUUCAUUGGCUACUCCAUGCAAGGGCUCUGCAAGUUCGGCUUUUAUGAAGUCUUCAAAGUCUUAUAUAGCAACAUGCUUGGUGAGGAAAACACCUAUCUGUGGCGCACGUCACUGUAUUUAGCUGCUUCUGCCAGUGCUGAAUUCUUUGCUGACAUUGCCCUGGCUCCUAUGGAAGCUGCUAAAGUUCGAAUCCAAACCCAGCCUGGCUAUGCCAACACAUUGAGGGAAGCUGUUCCCAAAAUGUAUGGCGAAGAAGGCUUAAAUGCGUUCUACAAGGGCGUUGCUCCUCUGUGGAUGAGACAGAUCCCAUACACCAUGAUGAAAUUUGCCUGCUUUGAACGUACUGUUGAAGCAUUGUACAAAUUUGUGGUUCCCAAGCCCCGAAGUGAAUGUUCAAAGGCAGAGCAGCUGGUUGUGACGUUUGUGGCAGGUUACAUAGCUGGAGUCUUCUGUGCAAUUGUUUCUCACCCUGCUGACUCUGUGGUCUCUGUACUGAAUAAAGAGAAGGGAAGCACAGCUUCUCAGGUCCUGCAGAGACUCGGCUUCAGAGGUGUGUGGAAGGGCCUCUUUGCCCGAAUCAUCAUGAUUGGCACUCUGACCGCACUACAGUGGUUCAUCUAUGACUCCGUGAAGGUCUACUUCAGGCUCCCUCGCCCUCCUCCACCUGAGAUGCCAGAGUCUCUGAAGAAGAAGCUUGGGUUGACUGAGUAGAUCAUGCAUCAAAGUAACAUGGACUGAAUCUGCUUGUUGAUCAGUGUUAAGAAAGUACAGAGGAACUUUUAUAUAUUGGACAGUGUAGGAGUUGUCUGUUCCGGAUGUGAUUACUGUAGUACCCUUGCUGAAGGCAAGGGUUUCAAACUUACUCUAAAUAAACUCAUCCACUCAUG